AUGACGAAAAAAAGGGACCAAAUGCGCAAGGAGGUUGACGCCAGAAAGCUUGGUACUUUACUUGCACAGCCUCAAAUAUUAGCUCCACGUCCAAUAAGGACCAAUAGCUGGGCGUGUGAGAAGUUGGAGAGUUGUGAUACGGAAACUGGUGAGUUGAACUCGACGAUGAUUUGGAAUGUGUUGGUGGACAUUGUGGAGGCCUUGAUGGAGGGCCGAUUCUCUCUGAUGAGCUUACGACAUGAAGACCUGGCCGGGGAUAGAUUUCUCGCAACCAUCCUCGCAUCCGGUUCACAAACAGCACUCUAA